AUGGCUGUCAUUGACGAGGCCCCAGCCGAUACACCUGCGAAUAAGGUUGCCGUCACUACCACACCCUACAACCCCGUGGUCGCCGAGUAA